AGCAAGGACGUUCCCAUUCAUGCACUGUGGGGUGCUGUGUCGUUUUGCAAUGGGCCCCUGCCGUGAAUAUUUCUGUCUCGGUGUUGGUUUGGUAAUUUUAUGUAUUGUUGGCUAUGGAGACAUUCUGCGUUGGUGUCCAUCCUAAAUCAAGUAUUGUCUAGGAAUAUAUAUAUGCAUCAUAAGCCUGUGAUAACUGAGAGCUUGACCAGUGCCGACUCAAAUCAGGGAGGAGAGCCGUUGUCUCUCUCGGGCUGUCAAACCUGGAAAGACUGCACAACUGGGUGAAUUAAUUAAGACUGAAUGGAAAGACUCGUGAGUAUUUUGACUGCACAUAUAGCCUAAGCUUUCUAGUCAUUUGAUGGUGAUGCUUGCGUACCCCGCAUAUAUAUAUUCCUAGACAAUUUGCAGGGGUGCCCGCAAACUAUUUCCAUUUUCAGCCAAGGUACUGGAAUGUAGCCUAUAAAAAAACCACUGCACCUGCAUGUACAGUAUUUCGCUUUCAACCGGGAAAGGUUUAUUGGAAAGGUCCGGACUGGUCUGGGCGCAUUCUCUGAAAGAUAGCGGAGAUGCCACGGUUACACGCAGAAGCCGCUCGAUGAAGAGACAGGUGCGACAGAGAGGAUUGGUAUUAGGCUAGCUGCGGGGAUACCGAUUCUCAACCAGGCAUUGUGAUUCAAGACCCCCAAAGAGAGCUCGGUGCCGUUCUUCACCCCUUGUGUUGAUUUGAGAGUUGGAGAAAACCCGGUCUGCAUAGGUUACGAGAGAACGGCUAGACAUAGCCUGCAUACCUGUCCGUCUCGCACAGUGAAUGUGCCCGUGCUGUGCUGCCAUGACGACCAUGGCCCCUUCCCUCAUGUUUCUCCUCCUGCUCCUUCAAUUGGCUCACAGCGCUUUCCCAGAGGAGCCCGGUCCUCUAAGCUAUGCUCCCUUAGAGGUGGUGAGGAGGUAUCCUGUGUUUGUGGGUAGAGCUCAUCGUUCCUCACAGAGACAGGAGCUACACAUUCACACAGUACUCCAGGUCAACCGCACACUCUACAUAGGAGCCAGAGAUGAUCUGUAUAGAGUGGAGCUGGACAAUAUGUCAGGGGACGAAAUGUUCUACAGCAAGAAGCGGACGUGGGAAUCCAAUAAGAAUGACAUUCGAGUCUGCAGGAUGAAGGGCAAACAUGAGGGGGAGUGUCGUAACUUCAUCAAGGUGUUAUUGAGCCAACAUGGAGGACUGUUUGUGUGUGGAACUAACGCCUUCAACCCUCUAUGUGCCAACUACACUAGGGACACUCUGGAAAUGGUAGGAGAGACGGUCAAUGGGAUGGCUCGAUGCCCUUAUGACCCCAGACACGCCAACGUGGCUCUGUUUGCAGAGGGCAGUCUCUUCACUGGUACUGUAACAGACUUUCUGGCGAUUGAUGCUGUGAUCUAUCGUAGCCUAGGCGACAGCCCUGCUCUCCGCACCGUCAAACACGACUCCAAAUGGUUCAGAGAGCCCUUCUUUGUGAGUGCAGUGGAGUGGGGACCUCAUAUUUACUUCUUCUUCAGAGAAAUGGCAAUGGAGUUCCAUCACUUGGAGAAGGUGAUGGUGUCUCGUGUGGCGCGGGUGUGUAAGGGGGACCUGGGUGGGUCUCAGAGGGUGUUGGAGAAACAGUGGACAUCGUUCCUGAAGGCCAGACUGAACUGCUCUGUCCCAGGAGACUCCCACUUCUACUUCAACCUGCUCCACGCCACCAGCCCCAUACUCAACAUGAAUGGCAGGGACGUCAUACUGGGACUGUUUUCUACCCCGCCCAACAGUAUCCCUGGGUCUGCAGUCUGUGUAUUUGACAUGCAACAGUUGGCUAGGGUGUUUGAAGGAAGAUUCAAGGAGCAGAAAUCUCCAGAAUCCAUCUGGACACCUGUAUCUGAUGAGCUUGUGCCCAAACCCAGGCCGGGUGGCUGUGCGGUGCAGGGGUCUCCGUUCAGCUCGUCCAAAACUCUGCCGGAUGAGGUGCUGAACUUUGUGAAGACUCAUCCCCUGAUGGAUGAGACCAUACCCCUGGUGGGGCACAGACCCUGGGUAGUCAAGACUAUGGGCAGGUACCAGUUGACAGCCAUGGUGGUGGACACAGAAGCUGGUCCCCAUAGAAACCGUACGGUGUUGUUUCUGGGCUCCACGCGAGGGACUGUCCUCAAAUUCCUCAUCGUCCCAAGUGGAGACAACUCUCCCACACACAGCAGUGUGUUUCUGGAGGAGGUGGAGGGCUUCAACCCUGAGAAGUGUGGAGAGGACUCUGUCCAGGCCAGACAAUUGUUGUCUCUGUCCCUGGAUCGUCCCAGUCACACUCUACUGCUGGCCUUCCCUUCCUGUCUGGUCAGACUGCCCACAGCACGUUGCCACCUACACUCACGCUGCAUGAAGAGCUGUCUGACCUCCAGAGAUCCCUACUGUGGCUGGACCAGAGGCAGCACCUGCUCCUUCCUCAGACCAGGCACACGGCUGCCUUUUCAGCAAGACAUUGAGUAUGGCAACUUCUCCCAUCUAGGAGACUGUGGUGGUGUCAUACAGCAGAGUCUGCUGAUCGAGCCGGAGAGUCUGGUCUCCCUCAACCUGCUGGUGGCGUCUGCAAUCUCGGCCUUUACCAUCGGGGCGGUGCUAUCGGGCCUGGCCGUCUGCUGGAUCAUGGCCCACAAGCCCAGCAACCGUCGCCACGCUAACAACACCAGCCAGUCCAGCAUCCAGCGCCGGGAGAGGGGGAUGCUGACGUCAGGAGGAGAGAUGGGGGGAUCGGUCCUCAGUGUGACCCGUCAGGGAGGAGGGGAUAGACCUUGUUCUCAGGGCGGGGAGACCCUGUUUGUGAUGCCCAACGGCUGGGUGAAGUCAGGGGAGCUAGACCCAGGGUUCUUGCCUACUCCAGAGCACACGCCCCAGCAGAAGAGACGUGGGCUCAGGCUGUCCGAUUCUGGAUCAGGGGGGUGGGAUAACAGCCAGACCUACCUGGGAGGGAGCACCAUGGGCCUGGCAUCCCCCUGCCCUCUCCCUUGCCCCCCACACCCCUCCACUGCUGUCUACCUAACCACCAGACUCUUCCAGGGGGGAGGAGGUGGGAGGCAUGGGGGUGAGGAGCGAGGAAGAGGAGGGGAGACACCUCGCCAGCACUACGUGUGCCUCAGCAAGCCCUGGGCGGAGAAGGGGAGGAGUGGGACCCCAAAGUCGGCACUUCGCAAGUCGGCAGGGGAGUAUGUGUACCCCAUGACCCCCCAGGACUCCCCGAAUAGGAGGAGGGUGGUGUCAGCCCCCAGCGCCCACAUGGAGUUUGGAGAGCCCCUGCCUCUCCGCUGGCCUCCCCAGGAAGGCUACAUCCUCAGCAGCCAGGGCAUGGUCCCCCUACCUCCAUCCUCCAUGCCGACCCCCAAUGGCCAGCAGUAUGUGGCUCAGCACCACACCCCCGGGCCGGGCAGGGCUCAGCUGAGAGGGGAACUGGGGAGAGGAGAGCUGGGGGAACUGGUGGAUCUCAGCCAGCUGCUGAGUAAGAAGAGUUCCAAUGAGAGGGCUCACAGCGGGCAGUGAGAAACAGAAUGAAAAGCAGAGAAGGACCCCAGUCACUGCUUAAGACCAUUUCAGUCUCUUUCUACAUCUCUCUCCUUCUCUCUGUUCUACCUUUUAUCUCCCUCCCUAUCUCUUUCUCUCUCUUUCUUUCUGUCUCUGUCCCUCAUUGUCAUUCAGUCCUCCUGAUAUCUCUGUAUCUCACUGUUGGACUCCUGAGGCUGUUCUUUCUGUGACUGGUUUCUACUGCUGUCACUCAGAUCCUGCUUGGCUGUGAUUGGCCAGAGAAAUUGAGGUUGUUGCUGUGUCUGCAUUGCAGAGCUGCCUCUCCCCUCAGGCUGCUAAGAGUGGUGAGAAAGAGGGAAAGAGAGAGGGGAAGGAAGAGUUUGCUUACAAAAAAAACAUUCUGAGACAGAACCAUAAGCAGGAAGCAACAUGCAAAGAGACCCAGAGACAGACACUUGCUGACAGCCUCCCCUGUGCGUCAAACAGGGAAACAAGAACUAACCAAACAAAAUGGCCACUGUCAUGUGUCAGAAGACAAGACCUAGGAGACAUCAUUCCUACACAAUGCACUCUGUCCACCUUCCAGUGCAGACUGAGUGGCACUCUCUGACAAAAAGACAAUGGAGGACACUGAAACAUGAAUUAUAAAGAUAUUACUUUUAAGCAUCUUACUGGAGGUGAAUGAAACAGACACUGUUCAGCCUCAGUGUGCAGAAAAACACUGAGGUCAUUCUGACUAUGACUCUGACUCUGAACGUGACGAGAAUACCUGAUGAAGAGUGUCGAAAGGAAGCGGCAAUGAAGAUUUAAUAGCUCGCCCUCCAGCAGCCUCCUGACACAAACACACACGCACACACACACAGAGAUUUACAGCUCCGUUUUAGUAAACCUACCGUGCAGGGGACCUGUCCAUGGUAGCAUGGUCAGGGGGCCAUAGAGUCCCAGUGUAUGUGAGGCGAGAGGGGCCGUACUGUACUGCUCCUAACCUGUCUAACUAGGACCAUGGGACUAUAACCCACUCUUACUGAGCUCCUGGAAAGGAGGAGAGUUGGAGUGGAAUGUCAGCACUAUUUCUGCCAGCCAGACGUUCUCUCUAAUGACGCCAUUUCACCCAUCCACUCCUUCACUUCGUCACUCCACCCCUUCCACUCCAUGUACUUUUUAAUGGCCAAUAAUUCUAGAGCCGAUGCGACGUGUGGAGAGAAGGAUAGAGGAUUAGGUUGGGCAGUGUGUGUGUGUGUGCGUCCUGUGUCUGUAUGCGCAGAUGCACUGACUAUGCGUGUGUGUGACAGUCACUGUUGUUGUGAUUUAAACAACAGUCCUGACGCUUACUCAUCAAUGUUAAUGGUCAUUUUCAUAGAGCUCAAAUGGCACCAUAUAUUCUACCCAUCAAAGUGUCUAAUAAAAGACUUGCCAUUACGUUAAGUGGACAUGGAGAGUGGGAUAGAUAGAAAGACGGAGAGAUAAGAAGAAAGACAGGAGGAUAGAGAGACAAACAGAAAGGCAGAGUGAGAAAGAGAGAGACAAUAUGGAGACAAGAAAGAAGAUAUGAUAUGCCAUUCUCAAGUCAUCAGAGCCACAGCUCCAGUCAUAUUCAGAAAGAAAAUUAGUUCCGUUCUGUUGUGAACCUGAGCAGCAAUGACCUGUAUAUAAAGACACUUGUGACUCAACCCCAGAAGUCUGUGUUACCAUUGGAGGAGCACAAUGAUGACAUCACAGCACUCAGACAAAUAGGUCAUGUUUCAAAUCACACCCUAUUGUCCAUAUAGUGGUCAAAUGUAUUCCACUGAAUGGGAAAUAUAGUGUUAUUCGAGAUGCAGCCACAGUUACAAACCCUCUGUGUCAAUACAAUAUGUGCCAAUAUUCUGAACUGUACUUUUGGAUGACAUAUCAUGUGACCACUGAAACAAAAAGGAAACGUUUUCAAGUGCCAUAAAAACCAUGUCAAUUCAUUUUAUACCUUAUAUAUUUGAUACUGUGAUGUUGUAUGAUUUGUUCAAAUGUGUAUAGUGUUACUUCCUGUGUGCAAUGAUGAGGAACAUCACAAUGUCGCCUUCAGAUAGCUUUCUUUCAUAACUCUUUUGCCUUUGCUGCUCUCAUGCAUUUUAGGCAUUUCCAUUUCAAAUGCUAGUAACACUGAAAAUCUGUUUAUAAACCACUUAUAAACAUUAGUACAGAAUUUGGUUCAGUUGUUACUGAAAUGCGCUAGCAUUGUAUUGAUUGUUUUCCCCCAAACCAACAAACAGCCAUACUGAGGAACCUUCAAGUCAAAGGCUACUUCCUGAAUGAAUAUAUAUACUAAUUUGUUCAUAAAACUGUGCAGUAAUAAUACAUAAUGGAAAAGCACAAUAACUUAUUUUUCUUAUUUGAAAAGGAGUUGUACUGUAUCUAAUGCAUAUUCUUGUAAAUCAUUGAUUUGAAUGUAUCUUAUCUAUUUGGUUUUAAAGAUUCUUGUUUUCAUACUUGACAUAGGCCUUUCUCUUUGACGUGUGAGUUUUGGUUGACUAUGCUGUGAAUGAGCUGUAAGUACACUAAGUACAGUAUUUACCUUUGACUAAAUGUUGAGGCUAGCUGUUUUCUUUCUAAAGAGUAGAAUCGCAGGCUUGUCCUGCUGAGCUGAAUUAAAAAGGUAUCCAAUUGA